AUGAAGUUAGACACGAAUCAUAUGCGUUACCUUACCGGUGACGAUUUCCGUGUUUUACAGGCUGUCGAGCAAGGUACCAAAAAUCAUGAGGUUGUUCCAACCACAUUAAUCCAUCAGUUGUCUGGAUUGAGGUCAAUUUCUGGUACUAAUAGAGCUAUCAGUGACUUGGCUAAGUUGAAAUUGGUAUCCAGAUUGAGAAAUGCUAAAUAUGAUGGUUAUCGUUUAACAUAUAAUGGAUUUGAUUAUUUGGCAUUAAAGUCAUUACUGAAUAAAGAUACCGUUUAUUCUGUAGGUAAUACAAUCGGUGUAGGUAAAGAAUCUGAUAUUUAUCAAGCAAGUGAUAGAAAUGGUGAACAUAGAGUCAUGAAAAUUCACAGAUUAGGUAGAACAUCCUUUCAUACAGUCAAAAACAAUAGGGAUUAUUUGAAAAAAUAUAAUCAAGGUGCUAGUUGGAUGUUUUUAUCCCGUGUAGCUGCCAAUAAAGAAUAUCAAUUUAUGUCACUAUUGUAUUCGAAAGGGUUUACAGUACCAAAAGCCUUUGAUAAUUCUCGUCAUAUUGUAGUUAUGGAACUUAUCAAAGGUUUCCCAUUAAGAAGAUUAAGAAAACAUGAUAAUAUACCAAAAUUGUACAGUGAUUUAAUGUGUUUUAUAGUUAAUUUGGCCAAUAGUGGUUUAAUUCAUUGUGAUUUCAAUGAGUUUAAUAUCAUGAUUAAAGAUGAAAAGGAUGAUGAAAAUGAUUGUGGAUUUAUUGUAAUCGAUUUUCCACAAUGUAUUUCCAUCCAGCAUAAAGAUGCAGACUUUUAUUUUAAAAGAGAUGUAGAUUGUAUUCGCCGUUUCUUUAAAAAGAAAUUAAAAUAUGAACCACAAUCUGAUUCAACAAUGCUUGAUUUAGAUGGUUUUGGCGAUGGUUAUAAAUAUCAAUACCCUGUGUUUAGCAGAGACGUCGAAAGAACGGACAAUUUAGAUGAAUUGGUCCAAGCAUCCGGUUUCAGUAAAAAGCAUCCAGGUGAUAGAUAUUUGGAAGAAGCGGUAGAAUCAAUGAGACAGGCUAAUUACAAUCCAGACUCAGACGCUUCAGAUGAUUCCAAUGAUGACGAUUCCGAUAGUGAGUAUUCAGAAUAUUACUCUUCAGAAUAUGAUGAGGGUGAGUCUGGUGAUAGCGACAAAGAUUCUGAAGAAAGUUUAACUGAAGAAAACGAAAGAAUCAUCGAAGCAUUAUCAACAGGAGUUGGUAACUUAAAAAUGGACAAAUUGGGUAAUUAUAUUUUAGAUGACUAA